AUGAUUAAAACCAGGCAUGUUUUCAUUUCUUCUAACUUCCAUCAACUGUCAUUCUUCCACCUGCGUGUGGAUGACAAGCCGGCUCUGCUGCUCCACCUCCUGAGGAACGUAGUGAAGCCUCAGGAACAGACAGUGGUCUUUGCUGCCACCAAACACCAUGUGGAGUACCUAAAGGAGCUGCUGUCGUCAGAAGGUUUAGAGUGUGCCUACAUCUACAGUGCCCUUGAUCAGACUGCCAGGAAGAUCAACAUUGGGAAAUUUGCGCAUCGGAAAGCCAUGGUGCUUCUGGUGACUGAUGUUGCUGCUCGUGGUAUAGACAUCCCCCUGCUGGAUAAUGUCAUCAAUUACAACUUCCCCUCCAAGGCCAAACUCUUGGCGUGUGGGACGAGCGGGCCGAAGUGGCACAGCCUAUAG